AUGCCGCACCCGACUCUUACAGUGGCCAAGCACUACAAAACGCCGCCGCCUCAGCGCCCGGACAAAAACAAGCUCAUGGAUGCUUUGAAACAUGCGUCCAACAAGCUUGGUGAGCUGCGGACUUCUAUGUUAUCUCCUAAGAGCUAUUAUGAGCUCUACAUGGCAAUUUCUGAUGAGCUACACUACUUGGAAGUCUACCUGACAGAUGAAUUUGCCAAAGGAAGGAAAGUGGCAGACCUUUAUGAGCUAGUACAGUAUGCUGGAAAUAUUAUUCCAAGACUGUAUCUCCUAAUAACAGUAGGUGUUGUGUAUGUCAAGUCGUUUCCACAGUCCAGGAAAGAUAUUUUGAAAGACCUGGUGGAGAUGUGCCGUGGAGUACAGCAUCCUCUUAGAGGCCUCUUUCUUCGCAACUAUCUCCUGCAGUGUACCAGGAACAUAUUACCAGAUGAAGGCGAGCAAGCAGAUGAAGAAACUACUGGAGACAUAAGUGAUUCUAUGGACUUUGUGCUGCUGAACUUUGCUGAGAUGAACAAACUUUGGGUGCGAAUGCAACACCAGGGCCAUAGUAGGGACAGAGAAAAGAGAGAGCGGGAAAGGCAAGAACUGAGAAUCCUGGUAGGAACCAACCUUGUUCGCCUCAGUCAGCUGGAAGGUGUUAAUGUGGAACGAUAUAAGCAGAUUGUUCUGCCUGGAAUAUUGGAGCAGGUUGUAAACUGUAGAGAUGCUUUAGCUCAGGAGUACCUCAUGGAGUGUAUCAUACAGGUUUUCCCAGAUGAAUUUCAUCUCCAAACCUUGAACCCAUUUCUCAGAGCUUGUGCUGAGCUGCACCAAAAUGUUAAUGUGAAAAAUAUAAUAAUUGCUUUAAUUGACAGGUUAGCUUUAUUUGCCCAUCGUGAAGAUGGACCUGGUAUCCCAGCAGAUAUCAAACUGUUUGACAUCUUUUCACAGCAGGUUGCUACUGUUAUACAGUCUCGUCAAGACAUGCCCUCGGAGGAUGUGGUAUCCUUGCAAGUUUCUCUCAUUAACUUAGCUAUGAAGUGCUACCCGGACCGUGUUGACUAUGUUGAUAAGGUGUUGGAGACAACUGUAGAAAUAUUCAAUAAACUUAAUCUGGAACAUAUUGCAACAAGCAGUGCUGUUUCAAAGGAGCUGACCAGACUUCUGAAAAUCCCUGUUGAUACUUACAAUAAUAUCCUGACAGUUUUGAGACUAAAACAUUUCCACCCCCUGUUUGAGUACUUUGAUUACGAGUCCAGGAAGAGCAUGAGUUGUUACGUGCUUAGCAACGUGUUGGAUUAUAACACAGAAAUUGUGUCCCAAGAACAGGUUGAUGCUAUCAUGAAUUUGGUAUCCACGCUGAUCCAGGAUCAGCCAGAUCAACCUGCUGAAGACCCUGACCCUGAAGACUUUGCUGAUGAGCAGAGUCUUGUGGGAAGAUUUAUUCACCUCUUGCGUUCAGAUGACCCUGACCAACAGUAUAAGAUUUUAAAUACUGCUCGAAAACACUUUGGUGCAGGUGGGAACCAACGUAUUCGUUUUACUCUGCCACCGUUGGUUUUUGCAGCAUACCAGCUUGCUUUUCGCUACAAGGAGAACUCCAAAGUGGAUGACAAGUGGGAGAAGAAGUGCCAGAAAAUCUUCUCAUUUGCUCAUCAGACCAUCAGUGCUUUGAUCAAAGCAGAGCUGGCAGAGCUACCUCUUCGUCUCUUUCUACAAGGAGCACUGGCUGCAGGAGAGAUUGGCUUUGAGAACCAUGAAACUGUGGCCUAUGAAUUCAUGUCCCAGGCUUUCUCUCUGUAUGAAGAUGAAAUUAGUGAUUCAAAGGCACAGCUGGCUGCAAUCACAUUGAUAAUUGGGACAUUUGAGAGGAUGAAGUGCUUCAGUGAGGAGAACCAUGAGCCUCUGAGGACUCAGUGUGCGUUGGCAGCCUCUAAGCUCCUUAAGAAACCAGACCAGUGCCGGGCUGUGAGUACUUGUGCCCAUCUGUUCUGGUCUGGCCGAAACACUGACAAGAAUGGAGAGGAGCUUCAUGGAGGAAAGAGAGUGAUGGAGUGCCUGAAGAAGGCUUUAAAAAUAGCAAAUCAGUGCAUGGACCCUUCUCUGCAAGUCCAGCUUUUCAUAGAAAUUCUCAAUAGAUACAUCUAUUUUUACGAAAAGGAAAAUGAGGCAGUGACAAUUCAAGUUUUGAAUCAACUCAUACAAAAGAUAAGAGAAGAUCUUCCAAACCUCGAAUCUACUGAAGAAACAGAACAAAUUAACAAACACUUUCACAACACACUGGAGCACUUGCGUCUGAGGAGGGAAUCACCAGAAUCUGAGGGGCCAAUCUAUGAAGGUCUUGUUCUUUAAAGAAGAUACGCACUGUACUUAUUUCUUUUCAUUUACAUACCAUAUUUUUUUUUAAGAUAGAUUCAUAGAUUGUGCCUUUCAGAAAUGUCAAGUUAACAUUCAUGUGCUCAGUCUGGCACUUCAAACACUUAUGUUAAGUACUCUAAUGGAUUUGAAAGGUUGGACCAGCAACUACAGGUUUCUUCAGUUAGUAUGGCUGAAUCUUUCUUUGGAAUCUAUGUGACAUGGUAGGGCUCUUCUGUUUUUUGACUUCUCUUGUCUGUUUGCUGUUGCUUCUGUGGCACUAGAGUUCUAAACUGGCAGUAACUGUCAUCUGAAACUGUGAUCCUUACAGAGCAUCAGACUUUUGGGAUUAUUGUAUGUCAGGUUCUGCUUGUGCUUUUCUUUUAAUGCAAGUUAAGACUAAGUGUAAUGUUUUUCCCUAAAAACUAGAAUAUAUUAAUGCAUGUUUGGAGAGUUUUAAAAUGCCAUGUUCAAAAACAGAAGCUAUAUUUUGCAUAUUAAGGCUCUGACAUUCAGCGAGAGCCAGUACCGUGCACAGGGAGUAUUUAUCAAGAUAAUUUUGUUCCAAAUAGUAUAAAAAUAGAGAAAUUGCAAUCUAUAUAGAUAUGUAUAACCUUCAUUACUGUAAAUUUAGGGGAAAAUGCAUUACACCAGUUUAUUCAUAUUCAGUAUCAUGAUUUUUGCACCAGUGAAACAAUAAAAUUGCUAUUAACACCUGUUGUUUUGUCUGUUCAGAGCCCACUGUUGAACCUAGUACUACCUUCUGAUAAAAGCAAAGGGACUUCUGCUUUGAAGGGACAAAAAAACAAAGGCAUGGUUAACCUGGACCAACUAAGGAGGGUGCUAGCUGUCCUGAUGUAGAAAACUGUCAUACAAAAUCAAUUUCUGCUGAAAGGCUCACACUUCAGAGUGUUUUUCUGACUUGAGAGUGGUGGAGAAUCCUACUAGAUUCUAGUUCUAUCUAAACAGAUAUGUGGCAAUUAAAUGAUGAAGCUGUAGAAAUUCGAGUAGUAGAGCAAUUACCAAUGGUAUGUGAAGACUGAUCUAGUUGUAGAUUAAUACCAUUUGCUAAAAACUUUGUUGAAAUCUUGUUUCUUUACCUUAACUGACUGCAGUGUUCUAAAGCUACCGACUGAACUUCCUCACUCCUUGAGGUGGUCACUGCUAUUAAAAUGGCAUAGGCUUUAUUGGAUGAGGAAGUCAGACUUUGCUGGAUUGUCUAAUAAUUUAGUAUCACUGCUUGUUUUUGAAAAUGACAAAUGUAAUCCUAGGAAACCUAAGAAUUACAGAGAAGAUAAGAAUUAGGUUGUUGCUCUGCUGGUUUGGAGGUGGAGGAGGAAUGGAGGGAAUCUCAUGGCCUCAUCUGCUUUGUGGUGUAAGUAAAAAAGUUUUGAAUACCAUUACUCAGUAUUUGUUGAUGCUGUCCCUUGUUUAAGAAAAAAUUAAAGCAGAUUCUUUGUUAUGAA